CCUUUCUGCCUCAGAAAGCAAGGAUAAAAUUUUAACAUAUUGUUAAAUCCUUUUUCUCUCCCAAUCUCUCUCACAAGGUCGGUCUCUCUCUCUCUCUCAAGCAUAUCAUAUGAUAUGGGUAAAGAGAUGGGUGUAUACAAAGUAUCAAACAAAUAAAGCAGAAGCUUGCUAGGUAGAAGAGAACAAACAGAAAUGGCCAUGGAAGCACUUUGUUCAAACCAAGUAUUUAACUUGAUUCUCUAUGACCCAACCCCUUUCAACAACGAUGAUGUAAAUAAUAAUUAUUGUCCUAAUUCUUCUUCAUUUCCCACUUGUCCGAAUUUUCUUGCGGAAAACCCUAAUGACUAUCUGGCGGCUUCUCCACCCAAGACCGACAACGUUACCGCGGUCCCGAUUGCGGGGGCUCCGGGAAGGAAGAAGCGGCGGAGAAGGAGUAGCCGAGUGUGCAAGAACAAAGAAGAAGCCGAGUCACAGAGAAUGACGCACAUCGCUGUGGAACGCAACCGCCGCAAGCUCAUGAAUGAACAUCUUGCGGUCCUUCGCUCCCUCAUGCCCGAAUCUUACGUCGAAAGGGGUGACCAAGCAUCUGUAGUUGGCGGUGCUAUAACUUUUGUUAAGGAGCUCGAACACCUCCUACAAACCCUUGAAGCUAAAAAAAUUGAACAAUCACAAGGGGAAUUAUGCGGCUCGGCCUCGGAGUUGAUGAAUAAUCCGAACCCGUUCUCGCAAUUUUUUGCGUUUCCUCAGUACACAUUUUGCUCACAAAUGCCAAACAAGUACUCGAGAAGUAAGAGUAGUGGAGGCGGAGGAGGAGGAGGAGGAGAAGCGGAGAUUGAAGUCACACUUAUCGAAUCUCAUGCCAAUAUUCGGGUUUUAUGUCAAAGACGAGCAAGACAACUUUCGAAAUUGCUUUCGGGUUUUCAUUCCGUCUAUCUCACCUUACUUCACCUCAAUGUUACCACUUUGGACCCUCUGGUUCUCUACUCACUUAGUGCCAAGGUGGAAGAAGGAUGCCAACUAAAAUCAGCAGAUGAUAUCGCCAUGGCUGUUCAUCAAAUGCUAAGAAUGAUUGAAGAGGACGCUAACCUAUCCCUUACACAAUUGACAAAUCCAUAACAUCACCUAGAGCAAGUAGCUAUCUAUCUUUUCAUGAAAGUUUUUGUGAAAAGCACUACAUUGUCACUUAUGCCCACUUUUCCCCUAUCAUAAAGCAGCUUAUCUUUGUCCGUUUCUUGUAUGUAUUAAGUAAAUAGGUUUAGGUUCUCAUCGCUUGAAAAAAAAUGUAUGUAGAGUCUGUAGUUCAGUUCCAGUUUUCAUGUCUUUGAAUACUCGAUCAGUUAUUUAACAAAAAGUACUUUUGUGA